AUGCCGAAAUUUCAACAUAUUCGAUGGAAUUAUCCUCAAAAUGAAGGUUCUGGAUUUACUCUGAUUCCUCGGUCAACAGUUGUGAAUCAAAAUAGUGAUCAAUAUUUUCUUGAAUUAGCAACUAGACUAAAAAAUUUCGAUGUCAUGAUCAAUCAUGAUUUACCAUACCUAUUGCGUGGAUGUCUCAAAGAACGACUUCGCAAGGCACAACAACUACAAAUGAAGGUAAUGCAUAAAUAUAUGAAUGAUAUGAAACAUAUUUCUACUUUACUCCAUAAUAAUCGCAAUGAUUUAUUGAAUCAAAAGUUACGAAAUGAAUUGAAACUUGAAUUGAAUAGUUUUGUCAAUGAAUUAAGUCAAUAUUUACAAGAUUUAGAACCUAAAGCACGUUUUAUUGAUCAUUUGAAAAGACAAUACUUUGAAUAUUUCAAUGUUGCUGAACAAGAAUUAGAUUUAGCAGAUAGUGUACUUUUAUUGGAGAAUGCUCUCAUUAAUAAUAAUCGACAUGUUCGUAUUCUUUGUUCGAAUGAUGUUUUAAAUAAUGCCAAGCAAUCGAAAUUAAAUAAGCUACGUAAUGAAAUACUUAAAGAACGUAAAACGAACCGAAAUUUGCAACUCAUCUAUGCUGAUUUUUCAUAUUGUCCAUUCGACUUGCAUGACAUGAUAAUAUUACCGUUCAAUAAGAAAAUAAACGAAAAAAUGCUUCGUGAACCAUCAAGGAAAGCUAGGAUUUCGCCAUCAUCUACACAAAAAAAAGAUGAUUUCAUUAAUAUUCUUCUUAUUGGUGAGAGUGGAGUUGGUAAAUCUACGUUUAUCAAUGCUUUUGCCAAUUAUCUCACAUUUAAUACACUUGAACAAGCUAAAUCAAAUAAACCUACCGUACUUAUUCCUGUGUCAUUUCUUAUCACAACGGGAGAUAAUUUUCAAGAACAUAAAAUCACAUUUGGCAAGUUUGAUAGUACAACUACUGAAGAUUUCAAUCAUCCAGGUCAAUCGGUCACACAACGCUGUCGAUCUUAUGUUUUUGCUCUUAAUCAUAUUAUUGGAAAAAAAGUACGUAUCAUUGAUACACCUGGUUUUGGUGAUACGCGAGGUUUGGAUCAAGAUGAUAUUAACAUACAACAUAUCUUAGAAUGUACACGCGAUUUAACACAUUUGGAUGCUAUAUGUUUUCUUCUUAAACCAAAUGCGACACGGCUUCAUACGUCUUUUCGAACAUGUCUGACUCAAUUAUUUGAUCUAUUGGGCCCAAAUGCUAGUCAAAACAUUCUAUUUUGUUUUACUAAUGCUCGUUCAACAUUUUAUACAUCCGGCGAUACAGCUCCGCUACUUCGAUCUAUGCUGGAUUCACUCUCAAUUCGUGAUAUUCCAUUCAAAAAAGCGAAUACAUUUUUUUUCGAUAGCGAAUCAUCUCGAUAUUUAAUUGCUUUACACAAUGGGAUUCGAUUUAAUGGCCAAGAAAACGAAGAAUAUUUCAUGAGUUGGUCGAAAUCAGUAGAUGAAUCGAAUCGACUCCUAAAUUAUGUUUGCAAGGAAUUACAUCCGUAUUCUUUGCAUAAUGGAUGGCAAUCUGUCAAGCAUGCUCAAUUUGAAAUUGUUCGAUUGAUUCGUCCCAUAUUAGAAGCGAUGAGAAAUAUUCUUCGAAAUUUUAUCUUAUGGGAUAUGGACUCACCGAACAAGUCUAUUGUACUAUGGCCACAACCUGUCCCACGUUCAAGCAAGUUAUGCACUUCGUGUCAACGACAUCCAAUUCAAGCCGGUAAUUUUUGGAUUAUGCCCGAUAAUAUACAUGAAUAUCAAAAUAGAUGCCUCGUAUGUUCGUGUCAUAAAAAUCAGCAUAUCGCUGUCGAUUAUAAGCUCAAAUAUAAAGUGUUUCAUCAUGCAUCGAAUUAUGAACAAAAUCAAAUGAACGAUCUAAUUAAUCGAAUGAACUUUGCGAGUAUUGAUUUCGCUUAUUUUCUCAUAAAUGUUGCUCGUUCAACAACAGAAGAUCCUUUCUUAGUUGGUUUACUAGGCAUUAUCGAAGAAGAGAAACAGAUAUGUGUACAGAAAAAGUCAAAUCAUUUAAAUUCAGCAUUAGUAAAAGAAUUAGACGAACUCAUUGUCUCGCACAAAGAACAGAUGAAAAAAAUACAAUCAAAUCCGCCAGAAGACAAUUUGGAAGCUAUUUAUGAACGAAUUAAUACUGUUUGCACAUACCCAAUGAUACGCGAGCAAAUAGCAGUUAUUCGUGAAAAUAAAAACAAACACAGAGAUAAACAUUAUGAAGUUCAAGUUUCGGAAAAGUCAGCACGUGGAAAUAUUUAUUUAUCAACACCUUGUUGA